CCUUCGCCCAAAUCUGCAUCGCAGGACAAGCGAAGGAGAAAACGAGAGCGAGCGAGAUAGAGAGAGGCGGAGGCAUCCCGAACAGCGGCGACGUUUCUUUUAAUUCGGUCUCCCCCUUGCCUCCCCGAGGCGUCGAUUGGAGAGGGUGGGGUUUCCUCCGAGGCCACCAGGCGGUCCCCAAACCUCCCCGACGCUCGGCGUUGCAGCUCGGCUCGGCGCGCGCAGCCCGCCCUGGAAAGGCGAGACUCGAGUUCGGGGUUUUGUGGUCGUGAUCCUUGUUAAAGGAGUGCAGCUGAGUCGCCUCGGCAAAAGCGGAUCCGCGGCUGCCUCUCUGUCUAGCUGGCUGGUUUGCUUGCUUGCUUGCUUGCUCUAAGUCUGGGGAAUCUGCCUGCACCGGCUUGGCGGGCGCCUCUUCCCUUCGCCGGCGUCUCCUGCCACGGUGAUGGUGAACUGAAUCAAGACUUGAUAUCAUGCCUUGAAACUGCUGUGAAAGAAAUUGGAGUGGUUAUACUCUGUGUUUUGAUGCAGUUAAAAAAAUGGAAGGUGAAUGUCAUAUAUUUGGGACCCUUUGUCAAAGAUAUCAGAAGAGCCAUCCAUGGACAGCUUAAGGAGUGGUUCCAAAAAAGAUUAAAGAUUGUAUAAAACUUAAAAGAAACAGCAUUCUAAUCGCAACAUAUUGGACUUGGGCCUCCUUUGACCUCAGAAACUGAAAAUGAGGUUGCUAUGGGAACUGCUCGUGCUGCAAUCAUUCAUGUUGUGCCUUGCAGAUGACAACACACUGCAUGGUCCAGUUUUCAUCCAGGAACCAAGCAAUGUCGUUUUUGCACUCAAUUCUGAAGAAAAGAAAGUUAAGUUGAACUGUGAAGUGAAGGGAAAUCCUAAACCAACAACAAGGUGGAAGUUAAAUGGAACCACUGUUGACAUUGGUAUGGAUUACCGCUACAGUGUGGUUGAAGGCAGCUUGUUGAUCAAUAAUCCCAAUAAAACUCAAGAUGCUGGAACAUAUCAGUGCAUAGCAACAAACUCGUUUGGAACAAUUGUUAGCAGAGAAGCCAAACUUCAAUUUGCAUAUCUUGAAAAUUUCAAAACCAGGACAAGAAGCACAGUUUCAGUCCGGCAAGGGCAGGGAAUGGUGCUGCUGUGCGGACCACCGCCACACUCUGGAGAACUGACGUAUGCCUGGAUUUUCAAUGAAUAUCCAUCAUUUGUGCACCAGGAUAACCGUCGUUUUGUUUCACAAGAAACUGGGAAUUUGUACAUUGCAAAAGUGGAGAAAUCUGAUGUGGGGAAUUACACGUGCGUGGUAACAAACACUGUAACCAACAACAGAGUACAAGGACCUCCUACCCCUUUCAUUCUGAGAAAUGACGGAGUGAUGGGUGAAUAUGAGCCAAAAAUAGAAGUGCAGUUCCCAGAAAUGGUUCCGUCUGCAAAAGGAACAACUGUGAAACUGGAGUGCUUUGCACUUGGAAACCCAGUUCCUACAAUCAGCUGGAAGAGAGCAGAUGGAAAACAAAUUCCCAGAAAAGCCCGAAGGCACAAAUCAAGCAGUAUUCUUGAAAUCCCAAACUUUCAGCAGGAAGAUGCUGGCCUAUACGAGUGUGUGGCUGAAAAUGUGAGAGGCAGGAAUGUGGCCAGAGGCCAGCUGACGUUUUACGCUCCUCCCAACUGGAUUCAGAAAAUAAGUGAUGCUCAUGUGACUAUAGAGGAAAACAUCUUUUGGGAAUGUAAGGCAAAUGGAAGACCAAAGCCUUCUUACAGCUGGCUGAAGGAUGGUGAACCACUCAUCCCUCAGGAAAGAAUUCAGAUAGAGCAUGGAUCCCUCACAAUAACCACCGUGAACCUAUCAGAUACUGGCAUGUAUCAGUGCAUGGCAGAAAACAGACAUGGGGUCAUCUAUGCCAGCGCAGAGCUGAGUGUAAUCGCUGUGGGUCCAGAUUUUUCCAAAAACUUCUUGAAAAGAUUAACUCUUGUAAAAGUUGGUGGUGAAGUAACCAUCGAGUGUAAGCCUAAAGCUUCUCCGAGACCCACCUUUACUUGGAAGAAAGGAAAAGAGAACCUAAGAGAAAAUGAGAGAAUAACUCUUUUAGAAGACGGAACUCUGAAAAUUGCCAAUGUUACUAAAGCAGAUGCUGGAAGUUACACAUGCGCCGCCACAAACCAUUUUGGGGCAGCCAGCAGUACUGGGAACCUGGUGGUGAAAGAUCCAACACGGUUUAUCGUAGCUCCUAGUAGCAUGGACGUCACUGCUGGUGAAAGCAUUCUUCUGCCUUGCCAAGUGUCUCAUGAUCACCCGCUAGAUAUUAUGUUUACCUGGUCGUUCAAUGGACGCCUGAUAGACUUUGAAAAGGAUGGGGAUCACUUUGAAAGAGUUGGAGGACAGGAUUCAGCUGGUGAUUUGAUGAUCAGAAGCAUCCAGCUGAAUCAUGCCGGAAAAUACAUCUGCAUGGUGCAAACUAGUGUGGACAAGCUAUCGGCUGCUGCAGACCUGAUUGUAAGAGGUCCCCCAGGUCCCCCGGAAGCUGUGACAAUUGACGAAAUCACUGACACAACAGCUCAGGUAUCUUGGAGGCCAGGAGCAGACAACCAUAGUCCCAUUACAACAUAUGUUAUUCAAGCAAGAACACCUUUUUCUGUUGGAUGGCAAGCAGUUAAUACAGUUCCAGAUGUCAUAGAUGGUAAUACAUUUACAGCGACGGUGGUUGGGUUAAACCCAUGGGUGGAGUAUGAAUUCCGAGUAGUUGCUGCAAGCCUUAUUGGAAUUGGAGAACCAAGCAGACCAUCAGAGAAACGGAGGACUGAAGAGGCUCUUCCUGAGGUCACCCCAGCUAAUGUCAGUGGAGGCGGUGGAACUAAAUCUGAACUGGUCAUAACAUGGGAAACAGUUCCUGAAGAGUUACAAAAUGGAGGUGGGUUUGGUUACGUCGUAGCCUUCCGUCCAGUUGGUACUGUAAGUUGGAUGCAGACUGUCGUGGCUUCUCCUGACGCCUCCAAAUACAUCUUCAGAAAUGAAAGUUUACCGCCAUUUUCCCCGUAUGAAGUCAGAGUGGGUGUGUACAACAACAAGGGCGAAGGUUCUUUCAGUCCAGUCACAAUUGUCUAUUCAGCAGACGAAGAACCCAGCAGAGCUCCAACCAGCAUCAUUGCUAGAAGCCUUUCAUCUUCAGAAGUAGAAGUGUUUUGGUCCUUGCUGCUUGAGUCCCAGAGCAAAGGAAGGAUACAGGGCUAUGAGGUUAGAUAUUGGAAGAAUGAAGAUAAGGAAGAGCAAGCUGGAAGAAUAAGAACCAUGACCAACCAAACUUUUGCAAAAAUCGGCCACCUGAAGGGAAAUACUUUAUAUCACUUGGCUGUCAAGGCUUACAAUACGGCAGGGAUGGGGCCUUCCAGUGCUAUAGUCAAUGUAACUACGAAAAAGCCACCACCCAGUCAACCCCCUGGAAACAUCAUCUGGAAUUCAUCAGACUCCAAGAUUAUCCUGAACUGGGAUCAAGUAAAAGCACAGAACAAUGAAUCCGAAGUGAAAGGAUAUAAAGUUUUAUACAGAUGGAACAGACAAAGCAGCACAUCUGUUAUAGAAACAAACAAAACAUCUGUGGAGCUUUCGCUGCCUUUUGAUGAAGAUUACAUCGUAGAAAUAAAGCCAUUUAGUGAUGGAGGAGAUGGAAAUAGCAGUGAGCAAAUCCGAAUUCCAAAGAUAUCAAAUGCAUAUGCAAGAGGGUCGGGCGCUUCUACUUCAAAUGCUUGCACGUUGUCAGCCAUCAGCACAAUAAUGAUUUCCCUCACAGCUAGAUCAAGUUUAUGACAAAAAUUAUCUAAAGGACUUCCUGUUUAUAAUAUAAGCAACAUUUAGCUAGUUGUUUUGAAGACACCCAGUACUAAGUAAUAUUGUUGUUCAAGUACAUCUUACUACUGGAAAGAAAAUGUUUUAUGCUUCUCUAGGAAUGGCAUUAUACAGUACUUCCUCAAAGCAAAUAUAGCUUUGUCUGAAGUUUCCUUGGAAACUCUGCAAUGCACUGAAAACAUCUGUAAUAUGAUGUUACCAAAGCAGUUUACAUAUGUCCUUAUAUGCAUAUUUUUAUUAUAUAUUUAGUGUUUUAUAGACUUUUUUAAAGUUAACAUAUGAUGUAGAUAUUGAUUUCUUUUCCCUCUGCUAUAAAAUGCUAUUGAUGACAUUAUCGUUAACAAAGAUAUAUUCUUUUGGAAUGUUCUAUGGCUGUACGGUCAGAGCUCUUGGUACAUUGGUCUCAAAUUGAUUGUAUAGUUUUACAAGAGAAGUUUAGCAAAGCUCUUUCGGUCAUGGUGUGUCCUUCAGGGCAUCCAGAGCACAUCCUGUGUACAUGAAAUGGAUCUAUAGGUGUUCUACAGACAACCCACUCCUCUCAGAUCUCAGCCUGGUUCACACUGCAGUGUGGCUCAGAUCUCAACCUGGCUGUUGCUUACGUGGUGAUGCACUCCUGUUUCUCAUAUAAGGUUAUUUAGUGGCUCCACAUAUCAGACACUUGCUGCACCAGUAACUCCAAAUAGAAGAAAAAGGAGUGAGCUGCUGGAUAAUUGUAUAUUUGGCAUGAGAAUGCUUUACAUUGGCAGUUGUCGGGCAUGGCUCGGUGUAUCCAGCACAGUGACAGAAACCAAUUGAGAGGGAAGGAUGGGGCAGAGAGGAAGGCUAAGUAAGCAUAUCUCUAUCUAUGAAACUCUCCAUUCCACCAUUUAAAGCAGUUUGGAUGGUCUUGAUUAAAUCCAACACUUUUGACAUAAAAUAUUGGGUCAGAUAUCUGAAACAAAUCCAACAUAUAUUUCAGUGCAAUUUGCUUUCAGUUUGUAUAAAUCAACUGCAUAAAAUCAUCAAGCCAGUGUUUUAAUGAUGCAAAGCAAAGGUUUGGUUUUGUUUUUU